UUUGGUUUGCUUUGUUUUGAUUUAAGUUCCCGCCAAACGCGAUCGGAUCGCACGUAUUGUACAAACAGGGAAAUUGCAACGUUUUCACAGUUUGCUAUAGUUCGUAAAGGUCUACUCUGCACUUCGUGCACAUCGUGAUAAAAGUUUAUGUUUGUUUAGGCAACAUAAUGGAAGAUCAGGUGUUUCGGACAAAGUACCAAAAGUGUAAAUACAGGGUAAAGCAUUGGGAAACAGAGUUCAAGAAGAAAUAUGGCCGAAUUCCGUCAAAGCUGGACAUUCGCGAUUCCCCUAGUGAGAUUAAAAAUUCGUACAAAAUGUACUACCAACUGAAAACAACUCUUUUGAAGAACACUCUGCUGGAAGCAUUGGACGAUGACGACGAUUUCGACGGAUCAUUAAUGUCCCAAGAAAGUAGCUUUUUGAAAGAAUCAUGCGACCUUAUGGGAACGUCGAUGCUUUCCGGUACAAUCUUCAACGAUAGCGCACUGUCGGAAGGAAUUACUUCGAUGAACAGCUUGCUUACGAAACCGAUCGCUAGUACCAGAUCCGAUUCUAACUUCGAAGCGGAAAAGAUAGAGCAACACAAUUUGGUCGCAUGGCAGGGUGAAAAAAGUCGUAAAAGUGUUCCAACACCAAAAGAAGACGUUAUCGAAACACCGAAACCGAUAACACUCAAAGGAAUCCAGCUAAAAUCGCAAUCGAGCUUGUUGAUUCCUAAGCGUAAUCCUCGUAAAUCAGUUUCGCGUAAUUCGUUCGGACUUUCAUCACAAAGUAGCUCAUCAGGCUUCAAUGGAAAUGAAUCCAAAAUGGUACUUCCAGAUCUGGAAACCCUACUUACUGCCAAGUCGAAGGAGCUGGAAUGUAAUGUUUCGAAAGUGGAAGAGAAGCUUCCUGCACCACCGUUGGUGCCAACGUCAAGUGAACCGAUCAAUCAGCUCGAUGAACGGUGGCUAAACCGGCAAUCUGGGGGUGCGGCAGAAAAAGGUACACCUGUCAUUGGUACCAACAGCGACCGUCCAGCGACCAUUACUAACUAUGGAUUGCGAAACAUAAAUGUAGCCUCGUUGGCAUCGGCGACCAGCUUCGGUAUGUCGUCGUUAAGUGUUGCGGACAAAAGCAGCGUGGAAGCAGCGCCAAAAACACUUGCAGUGCACGCUGGCGUUCAAAAUACUGCGUACGAUGCAGUGGUGCAGUCGGAUUCGGAUGGAGUGGUAGAAAACUCGGAAGACGAAUCGAUAAAAACGUCCCCGGGGAUGAUGCACAUUGCUAAAAAGCGUAAAAUUUUUACUGCCAUUAACCGUAGUACGGAAGAACGUACGGAAAAGGAAGUAAAAUCUUCCAUUUCACCGGAAGAUUUGCAACAGGAUCAAAAGAAGGACGUAGAAAAUUUGGACCCACAAGAGAUUGUGGCAGAACAAAACGAGACUGCAAAGGUAGUGACAAAGAAACGGGGAAACAAUAAAAAAGCUUCAAACACAAAAUCGAAACCAACUACAAAGAGGCUUACAGAAAAAGCAAAAACUGUUGUUGUCCCACGGGCUCGACCGAAGCGCACGAACGCUCGAAAAGUAAGCACCUACACAGAAGGUACUGUGGAAGGCAUGGAAGAAGAGCCUGGGCUGGCAUUCUCUACUGACGACGAGGACAGAGAUCCUGAUUAUAAGGAACAGAUGAUCGAGAAGGAUGGUAAAUCGUUAGAAACAGAACCAGAGUCUGAUGAGGAAGAGAAACCGAAAAAACGUUCACCACCAAAACAGGCGAAAGUUCCUCGUACUUCUCUGCCGAAAAAACUAACCAAGCAGGUACGACGGACGGUCAAAAGCUCCAAGGUAGUUUCCCCAAAGCUUAGUCCCGGUUCAUCAAAACCGGCCGGCAAAGGAAGAAAGUCAAAACAACUCGCACAGCGUAAGAUCGAUGUUGAGGAAGAGGACGACUCCGUGAACGAACCACAAGAGUACGUACCCGAGUUCGGACUUGAUCGGCUGAAAAGCAUUCCACGAGUCGAUAUAAAUGAACUUGUGCGAGAUGCAAAAAUUGCGAACAGUUUCAUUGCAGGUGCCAUGGGAGGUUCUGCGCUCGAAGCAUCUUCCGGUCCAACGAAUGCUGCCUCCACAAGUGGUAAGGGUAAGGCACUGCGCAAAAAGCUAGCGGCCGGUAAACAGAACGAAAACUUUGUGCGCAUCGACUUGCGUAGGAAAGUGUUCGUCAAGGGCAAGAAAACGAUUAACUACAGCCGAUACAAAAAAUCGCAAUGGAAAGCAAAAAAGAUUGCAGCAUUGAGCGGUCCCGAUAUGGACAUGCGUGGAUGCGACGGAGGUGUACUGAUGUGCUUCCAGUGUGGUGGCACUGGUCACAUGGCGUUUCAAUGCAAGAAACCAGCUGCGGAUAAGCUUCUUCCUUACGAUGCGGAUACGGUAGAAGAUUCCGCUUUUCCUACGCUCGAGGAAGCGGAAGCAAUGGUUAAAUCGCAAACAGUGGUGGCGCAUUCGAAUCGUAUCGAGUGUCUACCACCGGUUGCAAAUCCGACAUGGAAGGAACAGGAAGAAGAACGAGUGACGGAACCUACAGAUGGCGAAAAGGAGGAACCAAUACAUCCGGAAGACUUGGAGGACGAAUUCGAAGAAGAAAACGAUACGAAACAUUCGCAGAGUGAUUCUUCUAAAUUGGCUUACAUUGGCCACAAAAUCCCGGAAGAUUUCCUUAAACAAUCAAAACUUCUGGAGGCAACCGUGUCGGGCGGGUUUAAGGGUACGAUUGAACCCCUUUACGAUCAGCAUCCGGAUAGCGGCCUGCCAUUAACGCCUUCAGAAGUUUUCGAUGCUUUGCGUAUGUUUGGUCACAAAAGUUUCCGUCACGGUCAGGAACGGGCCGUAAUGCGAGUGUUGUGCGGAUUGUCCACUCUUGUGACGCUCAGUACAGGUGCAGGUAAAUCGCUCUGCUAUCAACUUCCGGCCUACCUUUAUCGUCAGAAGCGCAACUGCAUUACGUUGGUGAUAUCACCACUCGUGUCACUGAUGGAGGAUCAGGUGCACGGAAUGCCGGACUUUCUAAAUGCUCACUGCCUUCAUACAAACCAGACGCCGAAGGUUCGCGAUCGUACGAUGCAAGCGAUAAGUGCUGGCGAAGUAGACGUUCUACUGAUUUCACCAGAAGCGAUCGUAGCGGGUGAAAAAUCGACCGGGUUUGGAUCAUUGUUGCGCCAGCUUCCACCAAUCGCAUUUGCCUGUAUCGAUGAAGCUCACUGUGUGUCCCAGUGGAGUCACAAUUUUCGCCCCAGUUAUCUGAUGAUUUGCAAGGUUUUAAAAGAAAAGCUUGGUGUUAAAACGAUUCUAGGUCUUACCGCAACGGCCACUGUUCAAACGAGACAAAGUAUCGUUUCUCAUCUUUCGAUACCGGACGGACUGCGGGGAAUAAUUAGCGAUAUUCCACUUCCCGACAAUCUGCUGUUGACUGUUUCGCGUGACGUUAAUCGCGAUGUAGCGCUAGUAGAAUUGCUUCAAUCGGAACGAUUUAAUUCUCUUCAAUCAAUCAUUGUGUAUUGCACACGUCGGGAUGACUGCGAACGGGUGGCUUCGUUCGUACGCACCUGCUUCCAGGAUGCGGCUCGUGCUGCAGCCGAGGCGAACGCGCACAAGCGCAAACGAUUAAACUAUGUUGCAGAACCGUAUCAUGCCGGUAUGCCUGCAUCUCGCCGUCGCACGAUACAGAACGCAUUCAUGAGCGGGGAGUUGCGUAUUGUCGUGGCCACGAUCGCAUUCGGCAUGGGUAUCAACAAGGCGGACAUUCGGGCUAUCAUUCACUACAACAUGCCCAAAAACUUUGAAAGCUACGUACAAGAGGUGGGUCGCGCUGGACGCGACGGAUUACUAUCCCAUUGCCAUCUGUUUCUCGACAACAAGGGCAACGAUCGUAACGAACUGCGGCGAUUCAUUUACGCGAACUCUAUCGAUCGUCAUGUGAUCAGGAAGCUGCUGCAGAAAAUCUUCGUACCGUGUGCUUGUGCAAAGAUUCUCAAGAAUAAAGAUCUAGCGCAAGAUUUACGAGAGGAAUUGAAAGCGGUAAACGGUAUCGAUUGGGACACAAGCUUCGAAGAGAUUUCUCCGACCGAUGGGGGAGUGCAAACGGGUGUUAGGAAGCGUCUCUGCCCGGGUCAUGAAAUAUGUUUUUCGAUAGAAUCUACCGUGCAGCAGUUAGAUAUUCCAGAAGAAAACAUUGCGACCUUUCUAUGCUACUUGGAGCUGGAUGAGCAGCGCUACAUACAAGCGCUUAGUCCGGCAUACACAAUGUGCAAGGUGAUGUCGUAUGGCGGCGCACGAUCAUUGCGACAGGCAGCUAAGGAAUGUGCACCGCUGGCAAUGGCAUUUGCACUCGAUCUGAAACGUGGUAUAUCGCAUGCCACCUCGACUGUUAUCGAGUUUCCAGUGAUUGACGUAGCGUCCGCCAUUGGUUGGGACAGCGGAGUGGUCAAGUAUCAGCUGAAGAAUCUCGAAUGGACUACGGUAAAUAAUGCUCGCAAACGAUCACCACUAUCGGUGGUGUUCUUUGAUCUCGGGUUUCGAAUUCGUGCUCCUGGCGAUUUGACGGACGAAGAACUAGAUCACGCUCUAGAUGGGCUUUACGAACGUGUUACCCGCCAGGAACGUACCCAGCUUGCUCAGCUACAGUACAUUUCGGAAGCAUUAAGCUCGGUAUGCUUUAACAGCAUCGGUCCGGUAAGUCGAGCGGAUUGUCCCACCGGACCGUCAGAUAAGUUGAAAACGGUUGUGAGAAGCUACUUUACGACCGAUAUUAGCAAGGAAACUAUAGAAAUCCUGCCGGAGCCGGACGAUACGACGGACGAGCAGCUGAUAGCGGACAUUCGCACCACAAUAUGUCGCUAUCCGGAAAAUAACUUUACCGGACGCGCGAUAGCAAGAUUAUUUCACGGCGUACAAAGUCCCAACUACCCAGCAUUGAUGUGGUCGAGAUCAAAUUUCUGGCGUUCGUACACCAAAACUGAUUUCAAUCGGAUCGUGCGCCUAGCCAAUGCGGAAAUCGUACGAAUGAGGACUUGAGUUGUUAGUGGCGAAAGUAGAAAUGAAAACCGUACAACGUUUAGAAAGGUAUACAACUGUUCAAAUAAAUGUUUCUGUUAAAUAUCCAUUUAAAUUUAAACUUUUGUAAACACACCAGCGAAAAGGCAUCUACCGAACGGAUUGAUCAGGCAUAGUCAACUUCCGAUUAUAAACAAAGCGAUGCUGUCAAACGCUUCAUCUCGAAUACUCCUGCGGGGAAAACAACGUUUGUUUCGAGGAAAAUUGCAUUAUUCAUAAUCCAGCACGGUCGGGUAGAAGAGUUCUGCAAUCAUAUUGCAAUAAAAGUGAAUUAUCAUCAACCAACUGAAGGUGCGUACAAGAGUUCCAGAUCGUUUGCCAAGACCCACAAAGAAGACUUACCAAAGAGAGUGUGUGCGUGUGUGCGUGCGCCCGCGCGCGUGUGCAAGAGUGUGUUGUUUCUUAUCAAUUGUCAAACAGUAGAAAAGCAACCACACGAACAAUCAGUGCAGUUUUCGUAGGAAUCUCGGCACGCACGGGUCUUUCGCUGUCCGGUUUUUGGGGGUGGUCGUUGCUAUCGUACGGGUAAAAUCGGCCACUACUGCAGUGAACGGGUUCCAUCGGCGGAAAAAGACGCCCUGUGUGGUGAAAUUCGGGACAGCCAAAGUGCUGGCAAGAAGAAAAACGUAGUGGAAGCACUGUACAGCCAGAGCGAAGCAGUGGUGUUGGCGUGGAUUGUCGCGGGUGUCGCUAACGGGUUGCAUAUUAACGAGCACAGUGCAUGCAGUCGUGAGGCAUAGAUAUAGCACACAGUGCAAUUCUUUACCCAUUACAACGUGCACCUAUAGUGGCCAAUAGUGUGUUCUACGCGAGUCCGGAAACGGUGACCAAUCAACGAAAGUUUUAUUUGUAGGAGCUGUCUCGAUCGUCGACCCAAUGCUGCCACCGAUCGUGUAACGCUUAACGACGACGCCGGAUUCCAACGGCGAUCACACCAAACACAUCCACACAUCUACUCUUGCACGCACACUAAAGUACCUCAAGACGAUUCGGGGAACCAACCCGGGGGGAUAGCGGUAGAAGUAAAACUUUCCCGGAGAAAGAUUAAUUUUAGUUAAUUAUUAUUUGGACAAAAACGACAAAAUAGCAAGACAAAA